AUAAAACUUAUACAAAUAUUAAGACUUUUAAGAAUUCUAAUUUUUUCUCUUGUUAGAGUAGCCUUUAUCACUUUAUUAGAACGAAAAAUUCUUGGAUAUAUACAAAUUCGUAUAGGACCCAAUAAGGUUGGAAUAAGAGGAAUUCUUCAACCUUUUUCUGAUGCUAUUAAACUAUAUUCAAAAGAAAUAAAUUGACCAUUUCAAUCAAAUUCUAUCCCUUUUUUUAUCUCUCCUUGUUUAAGUCUUUCAAUUAGACUAAUUAUAACUCUCUUAAUACCGUAUUUGAAACCAUUAAUUAAUAUAAAGUUAGCCUUGCUAAUAUUUCUAUCUAUUCUAGGACUAGGAGUAUACCCUAUUUUAAUUAGUGGAUGAUCUUCCAAUUCAAAUUAUUCUCUUAUUGGUAGAAUACGUGCAUUAGCUCAGACAAUUUCUUAUGAAGUUUCUUUAGUAUUCAUUAUUCUUAGAACUAUAUUUUUAAGAUCAUCCUUAUCUUUUUACUCCGUAAUUACAACACAAAAAUUAUUUAUAUUUUUUUUUUUUUUAAUUCCGUUUUAUUUAUGAAUAUUUUCAUCAGUAGCUGAAUUAAAUCGAACUCCUUUUGAUUUCGCAGAAGGAGAAAGAGAAUUAGUCUCAGGAUUUAAUACAGAAUAUAGAAGAAGAAGAUUCGCAAUUAUUUUCAUAGCUGAAUAUCUAAUAAUUUUACUUUUCAGAAUAUAUACAAGAGUUUUUUUUUUUAAUAGAAACUGUAAUAUUUUAAGAAUACCAAAAUUUAUAAUGUUAAUAAUAUUUUAUAUUUGAAUUCGAGCAACACUUCCACGUUACCGAUAUGAUAAAUUAAUAAAUAUUUCAUGAAAAUUUAUUUUGCCAGUGGCAACAUUUAACUUAUUUAUCUCAAUCUUUUUGACAAUUUAUUCAAAAUA